UGUUGCCGACUCAGCAGUGGCCACGCAAGUGACUCCCUGCAAGUUUUUAUGCAGGACACAAAUCCUCGUCCAAAUAAAAAAAAAGAAAAGAAAACGAAAGCAAAAAAAAGAAAAAAAAGAAAAGCUGCACCGCUGUCAGUGACAGUUCCGUUACAGGCUCCGCCCACUUUGGCUGCUGUGACCCGUCCUGAUCUCUUCUCAUUUCCACGCCGCUGACCGGUCCAUGAGAGGAAACAACGUAGAACCAGGAUGUCGUCUUUGGCCAUGUUGGGCCGAACUGGAUUCCGACAAUCAGUGAGCGUUUCAGGCUCUGGCAGGAUCUUCUUCACCGGUUUGAGGACCGGCAGUCCCGUCUCCGCCUCCAACCAUCCGAGAUGCGUGGGUACUGCAGCGCCUCGUCAGAUUCCGGCAUCGCCCACAGCCCGACACAAAUCGUACAGUUACAUCGUUGUGGGGGCGGGGUCAGCGGGAUGCGUCCUGGCCAACCGCCUCACUGAGGACGCUCAGGAGUCCGUCCUGCUGCUGGAGGCGGGGCCUAAGGACAUGUUUUUAGGCAGCAUACGGCUUUCAUGGAAGAUCCACAUGCCGGCUGCGCUGACCUACAACCUUUGCCACGAUAAGUACAACUGGUUCUACCACACCUUGCCUCAGGCCCACGUGGAUAACCGGGUCAUGUACUGGCCGAGGGGGCGCGUCUGGGGCGGCUCGUCGUCGCUCAACGCCAUGGUGUACAUCCGCGGCCACGCCGAGGACUACAACCGAUGGCAGAGGGAGGGGGCGCGGGGCUGGGACUACGACCACUGCCUGCCGUACUUUCGGAAGGCUCAGUGCCACGAGAUGGGGGCGGACAGGUACCGCGGAGGCAGCGGUCCGCUCCACGUGACCCGAGGGAAGACCGACCACCCACUUCACAGGGCUUUUAUUCUGGCGGGACAGCAGGCGGGGUACCCCUUCACUGAGGACAUGAAUGGAUACCAGCAAGAAGGCCUGGGAUGGAUGGACAUGACCAUCCAUAAAGGUAAGCGAUGGAGCACAGCCAGCGCCUACCUGAGGCCAGUCUUGGGGCGACCCAACCUGAAGGCGGAGGUGCGCUGCCUGACCACCAAGAUCCUGUUUGACGGCCGGCGAGCGGUGGGCGUGGAAUACGUGCAGAAAGGAGAGACAAAACAGGUGUUUGCCGAUAAAGAGGUGAUCCUGAGCGGCGGCGCCAUCAACUCGCCGCAGCUCCUCAUGCUGUCCGGCGUGGGGAACGCGGACGACCUGGAGUCACUCGGCAUCCCCGUGGUUCAACACUUGCCAGGUGUGGGCAGUAACCUGCAGGACCACCUGGAGCUUUACGUCCAGCAGGGGUGCACGCAGCCCAUCACGCUCUACAAGGCCCAGAAACCUUGGCACAUGCUCAAAAUAGGCCUGGAGUGGCUCUCCGUCUUCACAGGUUACGGAGCCACGGCCCACCUGGAGAGCGGGGGGUUCAUCCGCAGUCGGCCGGGCGUCCCGCAUCCCGACAUCCAGUUUCACUUCCUGCCCUCGCAGGUGGUCGACCACGGCCGCGUGGCCUCCAAGAUAGAAGCCUAUCAGGUCCACGUGGGGCCCAUGAGGAGCACCAGUGUGGGUUGGAUGAAGCUGAAGACCACCAACCCCCUGGACCACCCCAUCCUGCAGCCCAACUAUCUGUCCACCGACGUCGACGUCCAGGAGUUCCGACAAUGCGUUAAACUCUCCCGGGAGAUUUUUGCCCAGAAGGCCUUCGACCCGUUCCGCGGCGCCGAGGUCCAGCCCGGUGCGGCGGUCCAGUCGGACGCUGACAUCGACGCCUUCGUGCGGCGUAAGGCGGACAGCGCGUACCACCCGUCCUGCACGUGCAAGAUGGGCGCGCCCUCCGACCCCACGGCGGUUGUGGACCCCCAGGCGCGGGUGCUUGGCGUGGAAGGACUGCGCGUGGUGGACGCCUCCAUCAUGCCCAGCAUCGUCAGCGGGAACCUCAACGCUCCCACCGUCAUGAUCGCAGAGAAGUUGGCGGACGCCAUCAGAGGUCGGCCGCCGCUCGUCGACCAGCAGGUUCCUGUUUAUGCUCCGCCCACCCUGGAAGCGCAGCGCUAGACCCGCCUUUCUUUCUUUUGACCACUUUUAGGACCUUUUUAGUCGUCCUGAAAAAUAGCCCGAACACACUUUUGCAUCAUUAGCGCUAAAGGGUCACCAACAUUUUUGAAACCAAGAGCUACUUCUUGGGUACUGAUUAUUGCAGAGGGCUACCAGUUUGAUACACACUUAAAUAAAUCGCCAGAAAUAGCCAAUUUGCUCAAUUUACCUUUAAUAAAUAAAUCUAUAUAUAUAUAUAUAUAUAAAAAAUGGGUAUUUCUGUCUGUCAUUCCGUCGUACAUUUUUUUUUUCCUUUUAUGGAAGGUUUUUUGUAGAGAAUCAAAGAUGGAAAAAACACUAAAUUGAACGGUUUAAAAGAGGAGAAAACAGGAAAAAAAAGGAAAAUUAAAUUUUGAAACAUAGUUUAUCUUCAAUUUCGACUCUUUAAAAUUCAAAAUCAACCGAAAAAUAUGAAGAGAAAAAUUUGAUAAUUUGAAUCUUUUUGAAAAAAUUAAAAAAAUAAUUUAUGGAACAUCAUUAGUAAUUUUUCCUGAUUCAGAUUAAUUUUAGAAUUUUGAUGACAUGUUUUAAAUAGGUUAAAAUCCAAUCUGCACUUUGUUAGAAUAUAUAACAAAUUGGAUCAAGCUAUAUUUCUAACGAAGACAAAACAUUAUUUCUUCUAGAUUUUCCAGAACAAUUUUGAAUUCUUAUUUCAAAAGACUUUGAUUUAAGAUUUAAAUUUGAUUCUACAGAUUUUCUAGAUUUGCCAGAAUAAUUUUUUUGAAUUUUAAUCAUACAUUUGAAAAAAUAUUUCACAAAUAUUCUUCGUCGAAAAAACAGAAGCUAAAAUGAAGAAUUAAAUUAAAAUGUAUUUAUUAUUCUUUACAAUAAAAAAAAAAAAACUUGAACAUUGAUUUAAAUUGUCAGGAAAGAAGAGGAAGGAAUUUAACAGGUAAAAAGGUAGAUGUGUUUAAAAAUCCUAAAAUUAUUUUUAAGCUUGUAUUUUUUCUCAAAAAUUGUCUUUCUAAAAGUUAUAAGAAGCAAAGUAAAAAAAAACCAAAUUAAUUUGUUUAAACAAGUGAAGACCAAGUCUUUAAAAUAUUUUCUUGGAUUUUCAAAUUUUAUUUGAGUUUUGUCUCUCUUAGAAUUAAAAAUGUCGAGCAAAACAAGACCAGCUUGCUAGUAAAUAAAUAAAAUUUGAAAAAUAGAGCCAGCUCACUGGUAAGUGCUGCUAUUUGAGCUAUUUUUAGAACAGGCGAUCGGGCGACUCAUCUGGUCCUUACGGGCGACCUGGUGCCCGCUGGCACCGCGCUGGUGACCCCUGCUUUACACUUUUUAACAGCAACAUCGUGCUAGUUUAGCUUCUUGGCUUAAUUUACAACUCUGGUGUGUGUAGCUAGAGAGCUGGCCGAGACUCAGGCUUUAUUUUAAGACGUGUAGCAAAGCCUUUUUUAAAAAAAAAUCAUACCCAUUAAGUAAUUCUAUAAUUUAUGUCAGCCAUUUUUGUUCUGUAGCUUCAAUGUAAUAGGAGCCAAAUUUCAAAGACCCUUUAGCGAUCCUGUUCUGUCUCCCUGUAAUGUUUGAUCCUGUUCUCUCCCUUUAAUGUUUGAUCCUGUUUUGUCUCCCUGUAAUGUUUGAUCUUGUUCUGUCUCACUGUAAUGUUUGAUCCUGUUUUGUCUCCCUUUAAUAUUUGAUCCUGUUCUGUCUCCCUGUAAUGUUUGAUCCUGUUCCCUCCCUUUAAUGUUUGACCCUGUUUUGUCUCCCUGUAAUGUUUGAUCCUGUUUUGUCUCCCUGAAAUGUUUGAUCCUGUUUUGUCUCCCUUUAAUAUUUGAUCCUGUUCUGUCUCCCUGUAAUGUUUGAUCCUGUUCUCUCCCUUUAAUGUUUGAUCCUGUUUUGUCUCCCUGUAAUGUUUGAUCUUGUUCUGUCUCACUGUAAUGUUUGAUCCUGUUUUGUCUCCCUUUAAUAUUUGAUCCUGUUCUAUCUCCCUGUAAUGUUUGAUCCUGUUCUCUCCCUUUAAUGUUUGAUCCUGUUUUGUCUCCCUGUAAUGUUUGAUCUUGUUCUGUCUCACUGUAAUGUUUGAUCCUGUUCCCUCCCUUUAAUGUUUGACCCUGUUUUGUCUCCCUGUAAUGUUUGAUCCUGUUUUGUCUCCCUGAAAUGUUUGAUCCUGUUUUGUCUCCCUUUAAUAUUUGACCCUGUUCUGUCUCCCUGUAAUGUUUGCUCCUGUUUUCUCUCCCUGUAAUGUUUGAUCCUGUUCUGUCUUCCUGUAAUGUUUGAUCCUGUUCUGUCUCCCUUUAAUGUUUGAUCCUGUUCUGUCUCCCUGUAAUGUUUGAUCCUUGUCUGUCCCCCUUUAAUGUUUGAUCCUGUUCUGUCUCCCUGUAAUGUUUGAUCCUGUUCUGUCUCCCUGUAAUGUUUGAUCCUGUUUUGUCUCCCUGUAAUGUUUGAUCCUGUUCUCUCCCUUUAAUGUUUGAUCCUGUUCUGUCUCACUGUAAUGUUUGAUCCUGUUCUGUCUCGCUGUAAUGUUUGAUCCUGUUUUGUCUCCCUUUGAUAUUUGAUCCUGUUCUGUCACACCGUAAUGUUUGACCCUGUUUUGUCUCCCUGUAAUGUUUGAUCCUGUUCUGUCUCCCUGUAAUGUUUGAUCAUGUUUUGUCUCCCUGUAAUGUUUGAUCCUGUUCUGUCUCCCUGUAUUAUUUUAUCCUGUUCUGUCUCCCUGUAAUGUUUGAUCCUGUUUUGUCUGCCUGUAAUGUUUGAUCCUGUUCUGUCUCCCUGUAAUGUUUGCUCCUGUUUUGUCUCCUUGUAAUGUUUGAUCCUGUUCUGUCUUACUGUAAUGUUUGAUCCUGUUCUGUCUCCCUGUAAUGUUUGAUCCUGUUCUGUCUCCCUGUAAUGUUUGCUCCUGUUUUGUCUCCCUGUAAUGUUUGAUCCUGUUCUGUCUUCCUGUAAUAUUUGAUCCUGUUCUGUUUCCCUUUAAUGUUUUAUCCUGUUCUGUCUCCCUGUAAUGUUUGAUCCUUGUCUGUCCCCCUUUAAUGUUUUAUCCUGUUCUGUCUCCCUGUAAUGUUUGAUCCUGUUCUGUCUCACUGUAAUGUUUGAUCCUGUUCUGUCUCCCUGUAAUGUUUGAUCCUGUUCUGUCUCCUUGUAAUGUUUAAUCCUGUUCUGUCUCCCUGUAAUGUUUGAUCCUGUUCUGUAUCCCUGUAAUAUUUGAUCCUGUUCUGUCUCACUGUGAUGUUUGAUCCUGUACUGCCUCCCUGUAAUGUUUGAUCCUGUUUUGUCUCUCUGUAAUGUUUGACCCUGUUUUGUCACCCUGUAAUGUUUGAUCCUGUUCUGUCUCCCUAUAAUGUUUGAUCCUGUUUUGUCUCCCUGUAAUGUUUGAUCCUGUUCUGUCUCCCUGUAAUGAUUGAUCCUGUUCUGUCUCCCUGUAAUGUUUGAUCCUGUUCUGUCUCCCUGUAAUGAUUGAUCCUGUUCUGUUUCCCUGUAAUGUUUGAUCCUUUUUUUGUCUCCCUGUAACGUCUGAUCCUGUUCUGUCUCCCUGUAAUGUUUGUCUGAUCUUGAAUGGGAUUGUGCUGAAAAUUUGUAUUACACCUCGGAGAUUAAUAAUGUAUUUCUGAUUUUCCGACAACAGCGUAACAACAGGAAGUGGCACGUAGGACACGUGUUUUAGCAACGUUAGCAUAGCUACGUGCGCUAAAAUGCUAAUAUUAAACUCGCUUUUUACCAGCAACAUUGUGCUAGGUUAGCUUAUUCGCUUAACUUGCAGCUCUGGCGUCCAUAGCUGGCUUAAAGAGGGCUUAUUUUAGGGCGUGUAGUGAAGCCUUUAAACAAUAAGUAAAUACAUAAGUUAUGUCAGACAACAACAACAACAAACUGUCGCAGGACGGGGUGACAAAAAAAUUAGCGAAGUUAGCAUAGCUCUGUGUGCCAAAGUACAAACCUUACAGUGACAUUAGUUAGCUUUUUGACAGUGCUCCAGGCUGGAUUUUAAGAAGUGUAGCAAAGCCUUUAAAAGAAAAUCCUUACAUCAUUGUGUUAGCAUAUUUGCUACAGAAAAGCAAAACGUACCGCCCCUAACUCAGGCAUGUAGGCUACAUUUGAAGAUGUGUAGUGAAGCCUAGUUUUCUUUUUUAAAUUACGUCAGCAUUUAAUAUGUGCAUCAAAAGUAUUUGGACCAAAGUGGUAUGCAUGAAUAUUAUUUUUUAAAUUAAAUAAAUUAAAACAAUAAUUGAGUAAAUGAUUAAAUAAUUGAUGAAAUCAUGGAAUAAAUAAACUAUUUUAUUAAUAAAAUGACACAAUCAUUGAAAUUAUGAAGCAAUAAAAUAAAAAAUUGAAUGAAAAAACAAUUAAUUAAAUCGUGAAAUAAAUUAGGAAAUCAUGAGGCAAUGAAAUCAAUUUUUGAAUAAAUGAAAAAAAAUUAAACAUGAAAAAGAUUAAAUAAUUAUUAAAAUCAUGAUGAAAUUGAUUAAUUUGAGAAAUAAUUAAUUCAAUUGUGAAAUAUUGAAUUACAUCAUGAAAUAAUCAAUGAAAUCCAGGCUUUAUUUUAAGACGUGUAGCAAAGUAUUUUAAAAAACAACAACACACUUCAACAGUCGCAUCUUUGGGUUAGCAUAGUUGCUAAAGAACAUGAGACAUAUACAGGCUUUAUUUUAAGACGUGAAGUGAAGCCUAGCCACGAAAAUUAAAACUGGUGUCCAAAUACUACAAAAUUGUUUUUAAAAAUAUACUAAAAAUAGUAAUAAAAUGUCGAAGAAAAUGAGAAAAAUGUUCAAAUAAAUAAUUGUUCCUCCCAUCCAUUUCCUACCGCUUGUCCCUUCUGCGGUCGCGGGGGAGCCUAUCUCAAAUAGACUUGAUUUGACACCUUCAGGCAUCUUGUUUGCAAGUGAAAAAAAAGCAUUUUUGUUAGCGUUUAAUCUGAUUGACAGUAAACUGAUGACUCGGCGUGUUUAAUCUGAGAAGAUCACGUACCGGCCAGGCGUUCCUUCCUGUGCCGGAACAGAAGACGGGGUCCUGCGGUCGCUCAGUUAGCUUCGCCCACCUGCUGAUGUUGUCAACCUUCUGCCGAGUUCCUUUAUUAUUUCAAGCGAAAUUCAGUCUGAGUAGUUUAUUUUUCUGAGUUAGUUGUUGUGAAACUCCCAAGCAUAGUACUCUAUGUGAACUCAUUUAAUUCGUUCCAGGUUCAAGAUAAGGGCGCGAGUACAUUCUUCUGAGUAAUAAAAGGGAAAGCAAAAUAAAACUGUUGGUUAUGUGAAGACGAACACAACAGGAAGUGGGUUUUGGAGCGACACCGACAUCUAGUGGUUGUUCAUAGACACUGCUGCAAAUAAUUGGUUGCUUUGCCAUUAAUUCUUCGCUGUUUAUUUUCAUGCGAGACAUUGUGCGACAUGCUGUUUAUGCUAUCAUCUACUUGUUUAUUUUGUUUUGCUUUGUGUAAAACUUUCA